AUGAAAUUAUCAUCGAAUAUCGAUAAAAUACAUGAUGGCGUUGGUCACACGCUAUUUAUUAUUUUUUAUGGAAUAGUUGUCCCCGUUGCUUGUAGUAUAUUAGCUUUCAUCACAAAUUGGAAACUAACGUUAAUUACAUUCAUCACUAUACCAUUUAUGAUAUUAGCAUCGCUGAUAUUUUCUAAAGUAAGUGAUCAAUUAGGUGUUGGACUUUGUGCAGCCGCACAAGAGAUAUUUAGUUCAAUUCGAACUGUUUUUGCUUAUAAUUCUUCCAACUAUGAAGAACAACGUUAUGGAAGACAUUUAGAUUCUGCUAAACAGCAAAAUAUAAGAAAAGGAAUUCUACUUGGUAGUUUUUGGGGUGCUCCGCGCGCCGCGGUGAGCAGUUCGAAAUUGUGA